CUUAUUCCAUGUUUCUCAGCCUUGCUUCGUCGUCACAACCUCCAAUCACAUGCCCUCUUUCCGGGACAUGAUCCCACGUUGCAGGAUUCAUAUGAGCCCUCGUAGAUCUAAGAGUCGGCACCACAAAACUGCCCCUGGGACUUGAGGCAGAAGCAUCGCACUAAAACAACCUCGACCGCUUGCGUUGCGUACGAAAACAAAUCCUGUCAUCACCACUGGUCUCUGAACGUCAUCUCUGCGCUUUGCAGAAUUGCAGUUCUUUUAUAGACGACCUCGGCGACGCUUUUCAACUAACGACUGCGGACACGAACUGCGCCAAGCAGAAAUGAUGCUCGCGCGCGCAGACCACAAAGAGGAAGGAGAUCCCAAGUUGUUUCCGUCCUUUCUAGACAUCAGAGAGCGGUAUUUCUUGCCAAAAUUGCAGGCCAUCUCCGGUCCGAAAGACCCAGACGAUCCGAUAGUGCCGGCCGACUAUGCCCUGCAAACACUACUUGAAACCGAUGAGUACGGAACGUACAGAUCGUCCUGGGACCACUCAGACGGAGGCUGGGUGGACUUCUCUUCGACACAGACGUCUGGUUGGAGUUUGCAAAGGCCAGAGGAGAUUGCAAGGAGCUCUCUAUCUGUCCUGAAGGCCAAGCAAAGCCUCGAUCUCGAGGUCUCGGCCAAGGCGACAGUCUCGGGGGCGCAUGCGAGGUCCUUGAGGAAAGUGGAAGCAGCAGAACCGCCGGGUUGGCCAGAAGGCUCAGACCCUACUCCGAGUAGCGACACUGAGAGCCAGCCAUCGAGGCGGGUGCGAACGGCCCUGAUGAUAGCCUCGACUGCCGGGGCCUUGCUGACAACUCAGUGGGGUUGGGAUUUUCACGAGAAAGCAGACACACGUGCGGGCGUGUAA